AUGACUACCAAUUCACUUGAUAAUGACAAAGAAGAAAUUUCAGAAAUUACAUGUUUUAUAUCACGAUUUCAUAUAAAAACAAUAAUUCAUUCGAACGUACCUGUGGAAUAUCCUUCUACAUCACCAGAGGAGAUACAAUACUCUAUGGGUGGUAGUGGUAUUCAUUUAAUAAAAAAAUCACUAUACUUUGGCAAUUCACAAGUAUAUAAAGAAAAGCGUUACUGUAUGGGAAUUAAAACUUGUUGUUUUACUGAUCUUUCACUUAUAAAUGUUGAAUAUAAUGAAGUUGAUGUUGAAUCUUCCUUAUGGAAAAGAAUUACUGAAAGUCAAAAUACUGAAAUUAUUAAAUCAAAUACUUAUAUAAAAUAUUUGGCAGUUAAAGAUAAUCUUUGCAAAUUUAAAGAUAAUAAUGGAACUAUGUGUCUUAGAAAUCCAAUUCUAUACAAGUCACUUAUAACUAAAGAUAUUUAUCAAUGGUUUAUUGGUUGUUCAAUAUUUAUACCACAAGAUCUUACUACAUGUCCUUUUAUUGCACUAGUAUGUGUUGGAACUCAUAACCAUCCACCUCUACCUCCAGAAAAAAUUCCAGUAGAUAUUAAAACAAAUCUUCAAGUUUUAAUUAAUCAAGCUGUUAAUAAAAAUAAUAUUAUUACUCCUAGACAAAUUCAAUCAAGCAAUUUAAUUAAAGCUUAUUUUAAUUUGAAUAAUCUUUCAGAAAUUCAUCAGUCACUAAAUAGUAUUGAUAAAUUGCGAAUUAUGGUAGCUAAAGCUUAUAAAAAUUUAUAUCCAUAUGGACAAGAUAUAUUAGGAGUUUUUCAUGCAGUAAAAAUUAAUAAUCCAGAAACUAAGAAUUAUAUUCAUCGAAUUGAAUGGAUUAAUUUGGGUCUUAUUUUAAUUAUUUGUAUAUUGAAAGAACAAGCUGAAUUAUUAUUAAAUUUGAAAUGCUUUCAAAUUAAUUUGUCAUUUAAGCGAAUAAAAGGAGAUUUGAAUGAAUUUGAAAUUAACACAUACAAUAAUGAAAAUAAAUUAAUUUUAAGCUAUUGUCGUAUUUAUACUAAUGUUUCUUCAGCUACUGAUUAUAAAAAACUAUUUAGUAUUUUAUUUGAAGUAAUUGAAGAGCUUACAAAUAAUUCUAUAAACAUAUAUCAUAUUUAUAAUAAAGGUUGGGAAUGUAUAUUAGGAGAUUUAGAUGCUGCGCAAGCUAAAGGAUUAGUGAAGUCAAUUAUUAAUGCUCUCUCUCAAGAAUCAGUAGAUUUAGUUUUAAAAGAAAUUGAAUUUUCCGAUGAACCAAAUGCUAAAGCCUCAAGACUUAAAACAAGUAAAAGAAAAGCACCAAUCAUUAACAAUAAAAGAAAAAAAUCACAUCAAGAAACUAAUUCUCAAAUGGAAUAUGAAGUAAUGGCUGAAUUAGAAACUAUUGUGAAUGUAAUAAAUUCAGAUAAUGAAAUUGGUGAAGAAAAUAAAAUUAUACCUCAAACUACUGGUAAUAAAGAAAAUGAUCCUUUGUUAAGUAUUGAACUUGAAGAAAGAAAAAUAGCUUUGCUAGAAUGUCAAGUAAAAGCAAGAAAAGAAGCAGCCGAAGCUGAAGCAAUUGAAUUGCAGAAUCGACAAUUAAGAAUAAGCUUGGGAUUAGAUAUAUAA